AAUCGUUGCUGGUCAGUGCGUCUCGUUUAACGACACGAGCUGCAGCGGUCAGCAGCGGUGAAUGAUCGGCGAGCACAACGCGUUCGGUCUGGAGCCACUUGAGAAACCAGUUUCAGCGCUAUCGCUCGUUUUAGGACAAUGUUUUGGCUGCAGAGAAUUCGACGUGCUUUACUAAAGUCGGAGUGCAAAACAACCCCGGCUAUUGGCGAUGCCUCGAAGAAUCAGACUCCGCCAACGCUUCUUUCAAGUUUAAGGAGCGUACUCUUCGUUAUCGGAACUGUGGUGAUCGGAUUCGCCGCCUUCUGUAAUUCUCUAACAUGGCAUUUACAAAGAUUCUGGGGUGCAUCCGGCGACUUUUGGCAAGCUCAGUGGGAUAAAAUUUUGGAUAAAUUUGGAGAUGAUCCUGUCACGCUAUGGGUUUACGGAUCCUUAGUGUUGACGAUCGCGGUUUACUGGAUUGUCGGUGGAAUUUACACUAUCCUAGACCUCACCAACCGGCCAGCAGCGCUGCGCAGAUACAAAAUACAGCCCGGCACGAACGAGCCAGUGGACAAAAGGGAGUUAUGCAAAGUGAUCGCUCAAGUACUGUUCAAUCAGAUCGUCGUCGGCUUACCCAUUAUGUAUCUCGGCUAUUACUUCAUGGAAUGGCGCGGUUACCCUCCGGUGCGCGAGCUACCGACCUUCCACUGGGUGCUGGCCGAGAUCGCGAUUCACAUAUUAUGCGAGGAAAUUGGCUUUUAUUACUCGCACAGAUUUCUUCAUAAGCGCUCCCUAUACAAAUAUAUACAUAAGCAGCAUCACGAAUGGACUGCGCCCAUAGCCGUCACCGCGUUGUAUUGUCAUCCUUUGGAAAACAUCGGCUCGAAUCUACUUCCACCUUUCUUGGGUGUAUUUAUCAUGGGUUCCCAUGUGGCCACCGCCUGGAUUUGGUUCUCGCUUGCGAUUCUUUCGACAUUGAAUGCACACUCCGGCUAUCAUUUACCGUUCUUCCCAUCGCCGGAAGCGCAUGACUUUCAUCACUUAAAAUUCAACCAAUGCUAUGGUGUGCUUGGCGUUUUAGACCGCAUCCACGGUACCGACACGCAAUUCCGUAAUUCGCGGAAUUAUGCGCGCCACAUAAUGAUGCUUAGUCUCAUACCGCCCAGGGAAGCUUUCCCAGAUGAGGCAAAGUACAAGUCAAAGUAAAGGAACCUUUCGACGACUAUAUGAUAGUUCUCAAAAGGUAAUCUCCGAUGGAACAAAAAUCUAUUUGAAUGCAAUAUUUCCUCAGCGGCGGCCGAGUUCGAAAACGUAAUAGAACGUAAAUAUAAUCGAUUUUAUCCAGCUAAUCGAUAAGCUUUUUCAAUAAAAAAAUUGAAUUAAUUUCAAUAAAUGCAUAAUUUUCAAUCGUUCUGAAGUCAGUAAUCCUCAAUUAUCUUUUUCAAUUGGGGAAUUCAUAGUAAUCACUCUUGUGAAAAAAAAACUCGGUUGUCCGCUCACUGAUCUAGUGAUAAUGACUGUAUAUACAAAUGCCAUUCAAGGUUGGACUGAAUAGAGAAAGUAGCGAAAAGAUUCGGAGGUUUGAGACAUGAAAAUUGAAUUUACUCUUUUAAACUAUCAAUAAGAAGAUAACAAAGUUAUUAAUAAGAUCGAAUAGCAAAGUUGUUUUAUUUUUACUUUGGCAGCAACAAACUGAAUUUUCUAUUAUCUAAUUCUAAAUGUUUAUUAUAUUGAUAUAUAAUAUAGAUAUUUCCAAUAUAAAACCCUCAAUUUUCGAAUUUAUAUAUUAGAUUGAUUCAUAAAUAAGUUCCGCUGCAGGUAAUAAUAAUUUAUCUUUUCUGAAAAUUCCAAGUUCUAAUUUCACUUAAUAAUUUUUAUUUUUACUUGAUGGUAAAAAGUCCCACAAUUGCAAAUCACUGUAAUAUGGUGCAUAUCGUAUACGAUUGUGAAAGUAAAAUCUUAAAAUAAAGGAUUUGAAAGUAUAUAUACGUCACAUAAUGCCUUGGGAAUUUACACGGGAACGUACUGUAGCGAGAUUUAAAAAAAUUGAAGUGUAUGUGAAAGUGUCGUAACAAAUCGAGCAGAACGAAAGCGGUUUGGAAAGUUUCCUUUGGGGAGACAUAACUUUGAAAGAUAAACUAUGGACUGAUCAUUAUUCUGACUUUGAUGACGAAGUUUUAUUAGGUACAACAAAAUUCACACAACAAAAAAGCAAAGAUACUAAAUCGUUCCAACCCAUUACAACCACGUCAUAUAAAAAAAAUGGAAUUUAUUUAUGAAUGAAUUCAAUAUCUCAUUUAUGUACGUGCAAAUUUGUAUGUACAUAAAUAUGCUAUACUAAAAUUAUAUGUGACAAAUAUGAGGUUCUCCGAUAAUUAUUUCUCGAAUUUUUCUUUCAGUUCGACCUUGGCGCCAUUCGUACUUUUCUAUAAUAUUUGUAGUAUUACUAUUAAGAAUACGUAUUAUAUUUAAGCUGUAUAUUCAUGCACAAGUUCUUACAUUAAAUUUAAUAACGUAUUUUUUACACUUCUAAUGUUUUUUUAAUAUACCAAAUUAACAAGUUUACUUUUUUGAUAAUGAUGGAAAAAGAUAAGGUUAUUAAUGUUAUUAUAAAUAAAACUUCUGUUCUUAAAUUCUUAAUCCAAUUAAUAUUUGAAAUUAUAUUUUCGUAGUACUUUCAAGUAUAUUGCAUUGUAAUGAAAAGACAAAUAACAUUUCAAAUAUGAGAAAUUACUAUUUUUAUAUUUAGUUUCAUAGCGCAGAUAUUAGCUUGAUUUAAUCUAAGAUUUAGUUUUAAUCUAAGAUAAGAUCUAAAUAACUGUACUUCUUUGAAAUAAAUAUAACUUUUACUAGAAUAUUAGAAAAAAAGGACAUUUAGGAAUUUGGAUUUCUCCUUACACUGAGAGAAAAGUAUACUAAAUAUAUCAUAUUGAUUAUAUAGACGCACACAUAUAUUAACACCAAUUAUUACCUGACAAUGAAUCUUUGAUAUAAAACGUUUUCACGGCAUUCUGUAUUUUUCUCGCGAGAAAAAUCUCCAUUUGUGAAAACUAAAUGAAAAGAAGAAACAAAUAUUCUUAUUUUAUUAACUACAAUGAUUUUAAAUCGUAUUUAACAAGGUGUAUCGCGAUAUUCUUGAAAAUCUUAAGAGAAUUUAGGAAAGAGGUAUAUAAAACUGUUACUUUAAAGUCACCUUAGAUCAUUGAAGAUCAAUAUGAAAUAAACCGAAGAUUAAUGUUUGAAUGUGCAGAUAUGUAAAGCGUGCAUAUAUGUAAAGCUCUCUUUCUGCAAUGUGAUUACUCAUCGAGUAUAAGGCUCGUAAUUAACAUGUUAUCAUUAACGUUACUGAAUUUAUGUACCUAUAUAAUAAGCUUAAUAAUAAAAUCUUUACAAAUGUCA